GAGUCCAUUGAAGACAUAAACAAGAAGCAAGUGCCAUGGCGAACAUCACUGUAGGCUCCGCGGUUUCACAGGAUGACCUGGAAAUUCCACUCAUCGACUUCGAUGCUUUCCUUUCCGGCGACCCCAACGCAAAGAAGCAGACUGCCGAUGCUGUACUCAAAGGCUUCCAAAAUGCCGGUUUCGUCUACCUCAAAAAUCACGGAAUUCCCCCUUCGACUGUAUCGACCGUCUUCUCCCACUCCGCCAAAUUCUUCGCACGACCGAAAGAGCAGAAAGACGCGUUGGCAUGGUACUCGGCCGCUGCCAACCGUGGCUAUACCGCACAAGGGCGCGAGAAGCUCGUGGUAUUGGAAGAGACAGGCACCGAGGCAGAGAUGCGCGCAUUGGUACCAGACCUGAAGGAGAGCAUGGAGAUUGGGCGUGAUGACCAGCCUGAGAUGCCGAACAUGUGGCCGAGUGGUGACGAGGCGGCCAAAGAGUUCAAGGAGCAGAUGGUGGAGUUUUUCGAAACAUGCAAGAAUCUACAUAUGCAAAUCAUGCGGGCUAUAGCAUUGGGUAUGGGCAUUGAAGAGAUGUGGUUCGAUGGCUUCACCGAUGCGGGUGACAACACACUAAGACUUCUGCAUUAUCCCGGCGUCUCCAAAAGCAUCUUCAAAAGAAACGAUGGACAGCAGCAGGUUCGGGCAGGCGAACAUAGCGACUACGGCUCUAUCACUCUACUCUUCCAAGAUGCACGUGGUGGUCUCCAAGUCCGCUCACCGAAGGGCACAUUCGUCGACGCAACACCUAUUGAAGGCACUAUCGUGAUCAACGCUGGAGAUCUGUUGGCACGCUGGUCGAACGACACUAUCAAGUCAACGAAACACCGCGUUAUGGAACCUCCCCCCAAACCAGAAGACGCAGACAAGGACGAAUACCCACCCCGUUAUUCAAUCGCUUACUUCUGCAACCCAAAUGCUGAUCGCAAAAUUGAGGCUAUUCCGGGAACGUUUGAGAAUGGAAGGAAAUAUGACGAUGUCAUGAGUGGGGACUACUUGAUUCAACGUCUUACAGCAACAUAUUGAGUAUGGAGAGAAUAAAGAAUUCAAUGCGC